UUGAACGUCAUCGCGCUGGUGUCUGGCGGCAAAGACUCGUUCUUCUCGAUGCUGCACUGCGUCGCGAAUGGACACAACGUGGUCGCCCUGGCCAACCUCCACCCGCCGUCUACAGGCAGCGACAAUGAAGACAUCAACAGCUACAUGUACCAGACCGUGGGCCACGCUGUGAUACCGCUCUACGAGCAGGCGCUCGGGAUCCCGGUCUACCGGCAGGAAAUCACCGGCAGCGCAGUGAACUCGGAGCGCGACUACCGCACGCCGCAGGCGCAGCAGCAAGAGCAGGACGAGACCGAGGACCUCGUGCCGCUGCUGCGGAAAGCCAUGCUGGCGCACCCAGAGGCAAACGCCGUGUCGACGGGCGCCAUCCUGAGCACCUACCAGCGCACGCGGGUCGAGUCGGUGGCGCUGAGGCUCGGGCUCGCGCCGCUGAGCUACCUGUGGCAGUAUCCGCUGCUGCCGCCGUACUCGCAGAGCCAGCUGCUGCGCGAUAUGGCGGCGGUGGGGCAGCGGGCGAUUGUGAUCAAGACGGCAUCGGGCGGCCUGGACGAGCGCGUCUUGGGCUGGGAUGUCGCGGCGCCGAGCACGAUUGCGAAGCUGCAAAAGGCCAUGGCGAGGUUUGGCGAGGAGAGCAACGGGGCUGUGUUGGGCGAGGGGGGAGAGUACGAGACGCUGGCGCUGGACGGGCCGAGGCCGCUCUGGAAGAAGCGGAUCAGGAUCGAACCCGGUGCGGCGGGCGUCAGUGAGGCCGGGCAGUCGGUGUUGAAGAUGAGGGCGAGCGAGCUGGAAGAGAAGAGCGGGGAGGACGAGGGGAGAGCUGAGAUGCUGAGGAUCCCGGAUCUGUUUGAUGACGAGUUCAAGAGAGUUUUGGACGAGCUGGAAGCCAGCGACGACACGCCGUCGCUCAUCUCGGACGACACGCCAUCGGUCAUCUCGGACGACGCAACGCUGCUGAAUGAGCCAGUGGCUGCGACAGCGACAUUCGACCGUCUGCCCAGAAACGCAUCGACCGACACGCCAACCGUGUUUACGUAUUCCAACCUGUCCGACACAUGGCGCGCUUCCAUGCCCAGCGCCCCGUCCCCCUCGCGGCAGCUGACCAAGAUGCUGCUCCGCCUCGACCACGUGCUCAAGCAAUGGCACCUCUCCCGCGCGGACAUCAACCACUGCACGCUCCUGCUGCGGUGCAUGUCCGACUUUGGCGUGCUCAACCCAGUCUACGGGCAGUACUUCUCCGGCGUCAACCCGCCCGCGCGCGUCACCGUCUCGGUCGGCGACUGCAUGCCGGCCGGUGUGGACGUGAUGCUCAGCAUCACCAUGGACAAGGACGCGCGCGACCGCAAGGGCAAAGUCGUGCGCCCAGUCGAGCGCCAGGGCCUGCACGUGCAGGGCAGGAGCUACUGGGCGCCCGCGAACAUUGGACCGUACAGCCAGGCGGUUUCUGCGCAGCUGCCGUCGGAGUCUGGCGAAGCGAGCAGCGCGGGCCAAGUCGUCUACGUCGCGGGCCAGAUCCCGCUCGUGCCUGCGUCAAUGGACAUGUUCACGGCGCGCGGGUUCGAGGGGCAGGCUACGCUCGCACUGCAGCAUCUGUGGCGCAUCGGGCGCGCCAAGGGCGUGCGGUGGUGGACGGGCGCGGUGGGGUUCAUCCCCGCGGGCGAGGCUGCCGAGGACAAGGUCAAGAUUGCGCAGGCGGCGUGGCGCGGCAUCCACGCCUGCUCGGAAGAGGAAGCAGACGACGACGACGGCGACGGCGACGGCGACAAUGUAGAUCCCUGGGAUAGGAGGAACACGCACGUCGCCGCGUUCAACGACACGACACACCGCGCGGCGCUCCCGGAUCCGUCGACGCAGCGUCCAGCCAGGCCCGAUGGCUACCCGCCGUGCUUCAUCGCGCAGGUCGACUCGCUCCCGCGCGGGGCGGACGUGGAGUGGAGCGCGACGGGCCUGACGAGCGGGUCGGCGUCGUUCUCGCGCUCGCGGCUCGCGGCGCUGAGCAUGACGCAGGCGGCGGCGUCGGGGCCGCGGUUCUACACGCUCGAGAUCAGGAGCCCAGACGACACGGAUGCGCUGCGACGGCUCGGGCGGGAGAGCGUCCGGGACUGGACGAGCGCGACGCUGUACGCGGGGGGUGGGUUCGCGGCAGACGAGUAUCUCGGGCGGCUCAGCCUCAGGGGCGUGCAGUGGGUGCCUUGCCGGCGGGUGUGGGGCGAGGGCGGGCGCGAGGUGGCGGCGGUGUUGGUGGGGAGGAGCGAC